AAAUAAUUUUGAAUUUUUAUCCUAUGUGUUCCCCGGGAUAAGGGGUAAGGGGUUCCCUCAAAGGUAAUUUCCUAGAGAAUGAUUUUAUAUAUAUACAGAUAUUUUAAAUAUAAAUACAUUACAUACAAUGGAGGGAGAGGAUGAGACUCCGUCAGUUGUUGAAAAUGCUUGGGCUUACAAGGUUCCUGAAUUUAAACCUGAAGAUAAUCCUACAGGGAUGUUGGAAGAAAGCAAGUUUGCAACUCUAUUCCCCAGAUAUCGUGAGAAGUAUCUGAAAGAAUGCUGGCCCCUGGUUCAGGCUAAACUUCAAGAGUUCCAUCUCAAGUCUGAGCUAGAUCUGGUGGAAGGAUCAAUGACAGUUCUUACAACAAGAAAGUGCUGGGAUCCAUAUAUUAUCAUCAAGGCUCGAGAUAUGAUAAAGCUCUUGGCUCGAAGUGUUCCUUAUGAACAGGCGACUCGAGUCCUCGAAGACGAUUUCGGCAGUGAUAUUAUUAAAAUUGGAACCCUCGUCAGAAAUAGAGAACGCUUUGUGAAACGACGACAAAGGUUGAUCGGACCAAAUGGUUCUACCUUGAAAUCUAUUGAACUAUUAACCCAGUGCUACGUGUUGGUCCAGGGUAACACAGUGGCCUGUAUAGGACCCUACCAGGGCCUCAAGCAGGUCAGGAAGAUAGUCGUGGACACCAUGAACAACGUUCACCCGAUAUACAACAUCAAGACCCUCAUGAUUAAACGUGAGUUGAUGAAAGAUCCGAAGUUAAAAGAUGAGAACUGGGAGCGGUUUCUUCCCAAGUUUGAACACAAGACCUUGUCAAAGAGAAAGCAGCCCCACAAGAAGAAGGAGAAGGCCCCUUACACUCCCUUCCCUCCUGCCCAACCCCUGAGCAAGGUGGAUAAGGAGUUGGAGUCAGGAGAAUACUUCUUGAAGGAGAAGGAGAGGAAAGCUAAGAAAGCUGCGGAGAAAAGGGAAAAGCAAAUGGAAGCCCAAGGAAACCGGAAAGAGAAGAGAGAGAAGAGCUUUAAACCUCCCAAGGAGAAACCUCGUGUAUCGAAUUCAAAACCUGAAACCUCUGAGGUUGACAUUGAUCAACUUAAACAAAAAAUUAAGAAAGCCCAGCAGAAAAAGAAACCUAAACAGUAAAUUUAUAUUUUUUCAGA